AUGGACCAUGCCCUCUUCAACCAUCCCCAUCCACUCAGCUAUACGAUCCACUCUUCCUCGACCUGCUCACCAACCUACCAUCCAUUCAAUAUCCUCGACGACGCCCCCACCGACCCUAACUCGCGCUGGUCCGGCUCAGGUCCAGCAACCAAAGCAUCGACUACCACACCCACAACCGAGCGGGAGCCUACCUCAGCGAACCUCAGACUACCCAAGAGGAAGGAUUAUAUCAUCAUCGAUCUCGGCAAACCCUCGAUCGUUCGCGAGAUCACCUUUGGGAAGUUCCAUCGCCCUCACCCGUGUAACAUCAAACUCUUCAGGAUCUGGGGCAGUCUCGCCCCAGGCGAAGGUAAGGGCGACUUCAGAGCACUCCUCGCCAAUCAGCCAAACAAUCAGCUCAACUCACCAACCGACAUCAACUCACUCAACCCGCUAAACCAGCACCAACAAGCCCAUCAUGCCCAUCAUCAAUCGUUCUUCAAACAACCCUCUCAGCCUUCAUCAACCAAUCAGCAGCCGACCUCCUCCUCAUCAGCAGCACCGACCACAAUGAACCGCGAUCAUCCUCUCGCCCACAAUCUCAAUUCAUCAAACCAGCUCGACUCACAAGACUUCAAACCAUCACUAUCACCUCCCAUCCGAGUGCGCGGACCCAGCCAUGGAGCUGGACCGAGGAUGGAACUACUGGCUCAGGGCGAACUCAAGAACGACACCAUCCCAGAAACAGUAUCCCUACGAUGGAAGAACGAUCGGGUGGCCUGGUUCAAAACCUCUCAACACGAACACCAGUCCCUGCCUCAGACCGUCUUCGUCCCCGUCCGUUAUAUCAAGAUCGAGCCCCUGUCGGCCACCGGAAGCAAUUAUAACUGUUCGAUUUGGCAUAUCUCAGUCAAGGGUCACAACGAGGAUCGCAUCAUGUCUCCUUGUCUUGGGAUCUACGAAAAAUGGCGAGCUUCUGCCGCGGUAAGACUAUGCCUCAAGCAUUUACGACAAACUGGUCAUUUGGAAGCCUUUCAAGCCUUGAUCAACUCGGCUGCGGACCCUGAACAAUCACCCCUCCUUGUACUCCCCUCAACCAAUCCAGCCUUCGGAUCAGCAUCUAACCCAACAGAUCCUGCCUUCAAAAACCACACUGGCUCGUCAAUAUUUCCAGACUCGCAAUCGUCAAUCCCUGCCCAGUUUCAUUUCGAACAUGCUCUCGUAUCAGCUCUCCAUUCUACUCUCGUUCCCCAGCUACAACCUCGCUUCGGACUGGAUGGUCCGCUUAACUCAGCCUUCGCGAGCCCGUGUGAUCUCCCCUUCAAGAUUCCUCCGAUCCGCGAUGCUGAACAGGUCGUGAUCCAAGCCGCUCUGGAUAACCUCUUCGAUCCGUGGGCACAAGCCGAACAUCCCUUUGUAACUUGUCAUCAAAUUCGACCACCGUCGACCUUACCUUCAGAACUGCCAUGUCCAAGGGGUGGGCACCAGAUGUGUAUUGAUAGUAAACGACGGAAAAUCUGGCUAUUCGGCGGGUUUGAUGGAUUGACAGAUCUCAGUGACCUGUGGGUUUAUCAUCUCGAGCCCUCCUACGUGUCAGCUCCAGAAGACAACGGGGGACAUUCGACCAUGAUGAAUGAUGAGCCGAGAUUCAAAGAAACUGCCGAUGAAAGACCAACAGUUCAGUCGCAAGGCAACAAUAAUACUCAGAUCACAUUCAAUCAGUGGCAGCUAAUAUCUGGCGAUGUAAAACUAGAUGAUGGGCCAAUGAAACGAAGCUGUCAUCAGAUGGUUCUGGACGAAAUGACGGGGGACCUCUACGUGCUUGGUCGUUACAUCGAAUCUAGUCGAUCGCCGAUUCCGCAGCCAUCGGACUCCCCUCAGAGUGCCACAAAUGGCCAUAUGCCCAUCCAUUCUGCCGAAGAGACUCCCUAUGAUGGUCCACCCCGUAUCGAUGUGCUUAGACGUGCGGCUGCCACGAUGGAUAUAGGGUGGGACCCUAGACCGGCUCCUCCUGAGCUCGACGUAGAUGAGCUGAUGGGCGAUGCAGAGACCGUGGUUGAACCUCCAGACGAACCUUCCUUGCCGUCUGUACAAUACAACAGUGACAUGUUUCGAUUUCGGCCGUUUGAAGACCCCUCAAGCGAUGAGCUGUGGGAUAAUAAUGGGCGGAUCGGACGGUGGGAAUGCCUCAGCCAGGAUACCGGGGUCGAAAAUGGGCCCCAGUUGAUGUAUGAUCAUCAGAUGGUGCUAGAUUCAGAACGAAGGAAGAUAUAUGUUUUUGGCGGCAAAAUCGUUCAGCCUGUUGACCAUCUAUCUCACGAAACUGCCAGCUCAUCCUCGCGAGUGAGUCCGAACCCGUACAGUGGUUUAUUCGAGUAUGAUCUCACAACGCAAGCGUGGAUUCAGUUGAUGACUGACUCGGAAUCAAGCGCGUCAGCGAUGACUGAGACUGACUAUCUUGACCAGCAAAUCUCGAUUCCAUCGAGGAUGGGGCACUCCUUGAUCCUCGAUAAGAAGCGACAAUGUCUCUGGGUUCUAACAGGUGAACGAGAUCGAUAUUUUUACUCCGAUCUUUGGAAGUACGACAUAAUCAAUCACCGGGCCGAACUGGUAAUUGCGGACUAUACCUACGGGGGUAAACAUCAACAAAGCCCGGAUAGCUUUGCAAAUGCCCUUGGGUCGGCUCCCGAGGCUGGUUUUUCUCAAAGGAUAACAUUCGAUCCCGAGGCCGACGAGUGGCACAUGUUUUGUGGUCUAUGUUCAAAUCGAGGCUCGGGGGAAGUCGGAUCAAAGCCGCCUGCGAAGAGCGAGAUGAUGUCAAGCGAAUUCUGGAGGUGGAGAAUCAACGAAGGUAGAUGGACAAAAGUCGCGAUGCAGGCUGAAGUAGACGGUGUCCCGCCACCUCGGUUCGCUCAUCAGAUGGUUUUUGACAAAUUAACUAAAACCCAUUACGUCUUUGGUGGGAACCCGGCUGGUAAUGGUAAUGGGCCGACUCGACUUGGGGACUUUUGGAAGUUGAAGCUGGUUCAGCCGGCGGGACGGGAGGCAUUGAGACGAUGUCUAUUUGAGUUGAGAAGACAACACUUCAUCGAGAUGUGUGAAGAGGGAACAGAUGCCGUGGGCGCUCUACUAUAUCUGCAAAAUGAUCUUUCAUCUGUCACGAACCAUCUCGACGAGAGGGAAGCCAAGUUAUUUCGAGCGUGUACGAGCCACUUACUAGCAGGACCCGGGCCACGAGUACCGCUAUUAGAAGAAGCAGAAGCAGAAGAUCAAUACCGUGAUUUAGAGGGGAACUGUGGAGAUGAGGGAGGAGAAGAUCGUGCGGUGAAGGCUAUGAAGAAGGUCAGUAGUAAGCGGUGCCGUCCAGAGCCUCAAGAACUCUCACUCGGUCCUCGGAACGACACCGGUCUCACGGCCGACCUGGUUGAUCGCUAUCAUAAGAUCAGGGACCAGCGAAGCCAGCUGUUCCAAUCCCUUCUGACAUUCUUUCCGCCCUCGAUGACUGAACCCGAGGAAAACUUGAUGGAUCUGAUUGACGUCUGGGGUGAUCGGGAAUCGUUCUGGUAA